UCCGUCAACAUGUUAUUUUGGAUAAUCGAUUAUAUAGAAAUAAAAUAUUUUAAUAUCGUGGUUAAAAUAGCAUAGGAUAAGAUUGCUAUUUUUGGUCAGAAUGAUUUAAAAUAAUGCUUCUUUUUUAAUUUGUUAUUAAAAGAAUCAUGCUGAGCAAGAAGAUGAUCGUCGCUGUUGCCGUGGUGUUGGCUGUGAUCUGCCUCGCCGAGGCGCGUGAAGAGGGUCCCCACGAUAUGGCAGACGCACUCCGCAUGCUGCAGGAACUCGACCGCUACUACACGCAGGCUGCUAGACCAAGGAUUGACCGCCGCGACGUCGCGGACGGGGAUCGCGUCGACCCAGACUUGUUAGAUCGCGCGGUGCGGCUACUGCAGCUGCAGAAUCUAGACCGCAUUUACUCCUACCACACCCGACCAAGGUUUGGCAAGCGCUCCGAAGCCUUCACAAACUGGGCUAAGGAUCAGGAAAAGCCGGACCUACCGGCGUGGUUGACUUACGCCCGGAGGAGAUGAGUGCAGCGAAUCAACCGGCGUCAUAACUAAACAUUCUAUUACUAUUCUAUUACGUCAAUCUACCGGACUCAAACGCUAACAUUUAAGGGACUUGUUUUAUCUUUAGAUUUUUCUUAUAAAUAGUCGUAGAUUAGAUUUCAAUUCAUCGUUAGUGUUCUUUUAUGUUCUUUUCUAUUUUAAUAUAUUUCAGUAAGAAUGGCCUUGGUUAUAAUUUUCUUUUAAACAGUAUUUAGCUACAGAAAUAUUCAUAGACAUAAUUUGAAUUGGAGAAUAAUUUUAUAAUCAUGUUAUUGUUCAUAUAUGUUACAAUAUUUAUUCUAAAGAUUAAAUGUCAUUGUAAUGUUAUCAGUAAUAAAUGCAAUUGAGAAAACGUAA